AUGGUGAAAACGACUUUGUUGCCAAAAAAGCGGAAGCAAACCUCGGAUGUGAGCUUCGUUAAUGAUGUGAAAAGAGUGAAGCAGGAGUUGGAAAGCUCAUCCUUGCCUCGACGACCGACGGCAAUCGCGCUAUCAAAGCGACGUGCGGUAGAUGUGCUCAGCGAUGUACUUUCUCGACUUCAAGGUGGAGAUCGGCAAAUUGCUUCGAUUUUGUUGCGUGAAUUUUCAAUCGAACAUCUCCCUACUUUAUCCGAUGACAUAGCAGAAGUCGUUAACCUUAUCAUCACUUCUGCGUCGGUUACCUCUUAUGAUCAGAUCGCCAGGCAACUUCUACGGAUGUUACUAUGUAUCAUGCGGCGAACGGAUGGUACCCUAUGGAACAUUGUACUUCAACGGUUGCUUUCAGAUGCCGGCAAAGAGGCCAAAGAAGGGGAUCCUCCUGCAGUCUGUUGUGGAAAAGACUUAAAAAAAACGAAAGUUCCUAUUGAUCGUUGUCUUUUUCGUUGCGAAUUAUGGGGCAGUGGUCAGUACCAGCAAGGCGCAUCGACCGCACAUCCCAACUCACCUUUUCACCAGAACAUAUUUGGACGAUGGUUUGUUGCUGUUACUGACAGAGGGUCUCAAUACAGGAGCAAUAUCGGCAGACUGCAUUCCCGUGAGGAACUUCUAUUUGACAGGGUUUUGCGCUGCGCGGAUCGAUGCUUGCAAUCAUCCAAUCAUGGAUACAGAUGUGCAGCCAUAGGAUUCCAUGUUGCACGGGUUAUGAGCCGUAAGUUCACUAGAAUUUACAGUAUUUUUACUCCGUUUGGCGACAUCUCGAUUUUUAACGAGUAA